CCUACCCUUUUUCCUUUUUUUUUUUUUUGGCUUCUGUCGUUUUUCUUUUAAUAGGAGGAUUCCUCUCUCUUCCCUUAGACUUCUCUCUCUCUUGCCAUUCCCUCUUCACCCAAUGCUGCAACCCUCAUAUACGCAGCCGCCGCUGCUUAUACACAACGCUUCACCAUUACUCUCAUUACCUUACGAAGUCUUACUCGAAAUCAUCCUCAGCGUCGCCACAUCCUCCUCCACGAUAUUUCCAACCGACUUGCUGAAUUUGGCUGCUUCUUGUCAACAUUUGAAUUAUAUCAUUCACCACGACAAGCGAAAUUCAAUAUGGCAACAUGCUUUCUCGGCGUUGUUUGAUACAGCCGCUAUUUACCGAAGACGAUUACAUAUCGAUUACAAUUGUAAAGCCACGUUAAAACGUCGUUGUCGAGCGCUGCGACAUUGUGCAUCAGGUGUCCAAGCAUGUACGACAACCGGUAGAGUCGCCUGGUUAGACACGGUCGAUUGGGAAUGCCUUUGGGAUAUGAUUACUGAGCACGAUGAAAAGAACAUGGCUCACAUUCUUGAACACCAAGUCCACAUGGCCGCUAUUGCCGCAUUCCGCUUGGGUCGAUUCCAAGACCGUGCAACUUACCCAAUCUGUUUACCGAUUCUUUCUGUGCUAGUGAACUAUGACUUUACUUUGACUCGAUUCCUCACUUCCGAACAACCUACGCAACUUGUUUCCCCUGAACUCAGUCAAUUUGCCUAUAAUUUUGACGCUGACUCGAAUGUUUUCAACCCGAUGGCUGACUCGAAAACUUUGGCUUUCCACCCCGCUCAAGAUGGUCUAACCAGUGCUUUGCAUUUAUUUUUCGUCACUAUCUUUGCUCAACAUCCAGAUAUUUAUGAUGCCAUUCCUGGAUGCACGCCGAUCCCUCUUUUUCAAGUGUCGUCUCACAUGUUUGACGUUGAAUUUUUGCGGCGUUAUGAACGGGAACUGUUCCAGGCCAGUCUAGAUGAAAGCCGUAGCGGAUGGGAACAACGCCACUCAUUACAAAGUGGCGACGUUUGUCCGCCCACCGUAGUCAAUCGAUAUGAAUCAACUGGAUUUGCCUCCAAGGAGCAUUACAUUAGUGAUGCCUAUCUGGUGGAAGGCGAAUGGAUGGGUUACUACUCCUUCUUGGAUCCCGAUGAUAGUCUUGCCUCUGACCGGUCUAAUGGACGAAGAGAAGAUUGGUUUGAUGGCCCCAUGCGCUUAACGUUACGGAGAGUUCCAUUGGAUGAUGAGCAGACUAGCCCUUCAGACGAUCACGCCACUUACAACGUGGCACAUCCAUUUCCUUCUCAGCACCUUCGAUCGAGCCCAUUGACACGAUUUGAAGGUCACGGCUCUGACAAUUUAGGAGCAUUUACCAUCACUGGAUUGGUCGAUGAUUCUGAAGGUGGCCAGAUGACCUGGGAGAAGACCUACAUUGAUUCCUCUGAGACUUGGGAAUACUCUGGUCGCUUUAUCCUACCCAUGGGUCUAUGUGGCCGAUGGGGUGAUGAAGAAUACGGCGGUCCAUGGUGGAUGUGGAGAGUGGAAGAUGGCACAUCCCAAGCUGAUAUUGUCCAACCUUUGCUUGCUGGUGGAGUUGCUUCCGCUGCUGCUGCCGUUGCCAAAGCCACAGCUGAAGGCAAAUUAUAACGAUCUUCCCCAUUUUAAUUACUUUUGUUCCUUCUACUUCUGUACAAAUUUUUUUCCU